AUGAAAAAAAUGCCUAGAGGAUCACCACCACCACCGCCCUUUAUUUCAUUCUCAUCGUCUAAAAUAAUGGCUAAUAUCCUCGUGGCGUUUGUUUGCCUCAUUAUCCUCGGCCCCUCGAGUGUAAUAAUUCCAGUUUCUGCACAAUCAUCAGAUUCUACUGCCUCAGCAAAAUCUUUUCCAGCAUUUACACCAUCAGAUAACUACCUUGUUGAUUGUGGAUCCACUUCUCCUACUACUCUUCCAGGAAAUCGCGCGUUUCAACCAGAUCAAAAUACAGCCAAAUAUUUAGCCUAUAGCGGACGUGACAUUCAAAUUUCUGCACCUGAUAAUAAGAAUGUACCUUCACCUAUAUACCUCAACGCGAAAGUCUUCGUUAGUGAAGCCACUUACACAUUUCAUGUGACUAGUCCCGGGUUGCAUUGGAUCCGUCUUCAUUUUUUCCCUUUACAAAAUAACGAAUUUAAUCUCCAAACCGCCAAAUUCUCUGUUUCAACAGAUACAUUAGCCCUCCUCAAAGACUUCCAAAUGGAGAAAAACGAAGCGAUUCUAAAAGAGUUUCUUGUAAAUGUUACAACAGAGCGUUACGCCAUCAAAUUUGCUCCUUCACAAGGCUCCAUUGCAUUCGUAAACGCCUUAGAGUUUGUUACUGCUCCAGGCAAAUUACUUGACUAUUCUGUCCCUCUUCUAUUCCCCGUUUCACAAAAAUUUGAUCUUAGCACUAGUAAUUUCGAAACAACCUAUAGGCUUAAUGUUGGAGGUUCAUACCUUGAUGGAUCAAAUGACACUUUAGGAAGAAGUUGGUUAUCUGAUGCACCGUUCCGUAAUAAUGCCACGGGACAGGUUGUUUCUGUUCAACCUUCUAUCAUUCAAUAUCCAACGGCGGGUGGGUCUCCUUUAAUUGCGCCUCCUUCAGUUUACAGUUCUGCAGUAAAAAUGGCUGAUUCAGAAACUACAAUUCCCAACUUCAACAUAUCGUGGACGAUGGAUAUUGAUACCUCGUAUUCAUACCUAAUUCGCCUUCAUUUCUGCGAUAUCAUAAGCAAAGCGCUUAAUGAACUAUAUUUCAACGUGUACAUUAAUGAUAAGAUGGCAAUUUCCGGGCUAGACUUGUCAUCUUUGACACAGCAAUUGUCCACAGCUUUUUACAAGGAUUUUGUGGUAGAUUCCUCUACAGCUUCCAAUCCGCUUAGUGUAAAGGUUUCUCCGGUGAACGAUGUCCAAGGAUUCAAGAACGCGAUCCUGAACGGCCUUGAGGUUUUUCGGAUGAAUAAUUCUUUGGGUAGUCUUGAUGGAGAAUAUGGUGUUGAUGGAAAGAAAAGUAGUGGCCCAAGCAAAACAGUGGCUUAUGUCGGUUUUGCUAUGAUGUUUGGAGCGUUUGUUGGAUUAGGUGCUAUAGUUUUCAAGUGGCAAAAAAGACCUCAAGAUUGGCAAAAAAGGAAUAGUUUCUCGUCUUGGUUGCUUCCACUACACGCUGGAGAUACAAGCUUUAUGGCAAGCAAGGCUUCGUUGUCGCGCAAGAGCCAAUUUUUCUCUUCAACUAUGGGGCUAGGCCGAUACUUUUCAUUUGCCGAGUUGUCAGACGCCACCAACAAUUGGGAUUCGAAUGCCAUAAUUGGUGUUGGUGGCUUUGGCAAUGUGUAUUAUGGAGAAAUUGACGAUGGAACAAAAGUAGCUGUCAAGAGAGGCAAUCCGCAAUCUGAGCAAGGUAUCAAUGAGUUCCAGACUGAAAUUCAGAUGUUAUCCAAGCUCAGACAUCGCCAUCUGGUGUCGUUGAUUGGUUAUUGCGAUGAAAACACGGAGAUGAUAUUGGUUUAUGAGUUCAUGCAAAAUGGCCCCUUCAGAGAUCAUCUCUAUGGAAAGAACCUUCCACCUUUAACAUGGAAGCAAAGGCUAGAUAUCUGCAUUGGCUCCGCUCGUGGGCUUCAUUACCUCCAUACAGGUGCGUCUACAGCAAUUAUCCACAGAGAUGUCAAGACCACCAACAUUCUUCUUGAUGAGAACCUCGUCGCUAAAAUGGCUGACUUUGGGCUAUCAAAGGAUUGCCUUGCCAACGAGACUCACGUAAGCACAGCUGUGAAGGGAAGUUUCGGGUACCUUGAUCCUGAGUACUUCCGGAAGCAGCAGCUAACAGACAAGUCUGAUGUGUACUCAUUUGGAGUUGUACUUCUAGAAGCUUUAUGCGCUCGUCCUGCAAUUAAUCCAGCACUUCCAAGAGAGCAAGUGAAUUUAGCAGAAUGGGCAAUGCAAUGGAAGAGAAAAGGCUUGUUAGACAAGAUAAUUGAUCCUACUCUUGUGGGUAAUAUUAACCCAGAGUCCAUGAAGAAAUUUGCUGAAGCAGCAGAAAAGUGUUUGGCUGAAUAUGGAGCUGAUAGACCUAGUAUGGGUGAUGUGUUGUGGAACUUGGAAUAUGCUUUGCAGCUGCAAGAAGCUUCAUUACAAGGGAAGGCUGAAGAAGAAAACAAACCAUCUGCUGCUCCAGCCUCUCCUGCUAUAGUGGCCCCCACUCCUGUCCCGGCCUCUGCACCUUCGGCUCCUGAUAACAGACCAGUUUCUUCACCUGAGCAGACAAGAAAUCCUGCUGAACUUCAAGCAAUUGAUGAUCAUUCAGGAACUGCAAUGUUUGCUCAAUUUGCUGAACUUAACGGACGAUGAUUGCCACACUCACUUUGACACAGAUGAUAAUACAAAAAUCUCAAUUGGUAUGUCCCAGUGAAAUAUAUGUGUAAUAUGUAGUUGAAGCCAGCUCUUUUACUGAUGACUUUUUUGCUGUUUUUUGUUGGACUUUCUCUUCCAAGAAUGAGUCAC